GGAGAGCGAAGGUGGCCGCAGCCUUCCCGGCCCCACAGCCAGCCUGGCUCCAGCUGGGCAGGAGUGCAGAGCUCAGCUGGAGGCGGAGGGGGAAGUGCCCAGGAGGCUGAUGACAUCACCACCCAGCCCUUGAAAGAUGAGCUGUUCCCGCCGCCACUCCAGCUCUGGCUUCUGGGCUCCGAGGAGGGGUGGGGACGGUGGGGACAUCAGGCUGCCCCGCAGUACCAGGGAGCGACUGAAGUGCCCAUGCCGCUUGCUCCAGAGAAGUAUUUACACAUGUCCUUGAAGUGGAGAAAGCAUGUAGGAAGAGGAGUUUAGGCAGAAGGAGGCCUGAUCUCAUCUUGCCUUUGUCUUGCUUUUGUGCUGUACCUGGGGAGAUCAGCACCAUCAGCGUGACUCUAACAGAUUUGAGUGUGAGGAGCUCGGCUUGGAUUGCAGACCUCAAGUUACAAUUGAUGUGUCCUUGUUUUGUGCCCAGGUGUGGCCUCACUCACAUCCCACUCUGAGUCCAAAUGUUCUCUCCCUGGAAGAUACCAAUGUUUCUGUCUGUUCGUGAGGACUCCGUGCCCACCACGGCCUCUUUCAGCGCCGACAUGCUCAAUGUCACCUUGCAAGGGCCCACUCUUAACGGGACUUUUGCCCAGAGCAAAUGCCCCCAAGUGGAGUGGCUGGGCUGGCUCAACACCAUCCAGCCCCCCUUCCUCUGGGUGCUGUUCGUGCUGGCCACACUAGAGAACAUCUUUGUCCUCAGCGUCUUCUGCCUGCACAAGAGCAGCUGCACUGUGGCAGAGAUCUACCUGGGGAACCUGGCCGCAGCAGACCUGAUCCUGGCCUGCGGGCUGCCCUUCUGGGCCAUCACCAUCUCCAACAACUUCGACUGGCUCUUUGGGGAGACGCUCUGCCGUGUGGUGAAUGCCAUUAUCUCCAUGAACCUGUACAGCAGCAUCUGUUUCCUGAUGCUGGUGAGCAUUGACCGCUAUCUGGCCCUGGUGAAAACCAUGUCCAUGGGCCGGAUGCGCGGCGUGCGCUGGGCCAAGCUCUACAGCUUGGUGAUCUGGGGGUGCACGCUGCUCCUGAGCUCACCCAUGCUGGUGUUCCGGACCAUGAAGGAGUACAGCGAUGAGGGCCACAACGUCACCGCUUGCAUCAUCAGCUACCCAUCCCUCAUCUGGGAAGUGUUCACCAACAUGCUCCUGAAUGUCGUGGGCUUCCUGCUGCCCCUGAGUGUCAUCACCUUCUGCACGAUGCAGAUCAUGCAGGUGCUGCGGAACAACGAGAUGCAGAAGUUCAAGGAGAUCCAGACGGAGAGGAGGGCCACGGUGCUAGUCCUGGUUGUGCUGCUGCUAUUCAUCAUCUGCUGGCUGCCCUUCCAGAUCAGCACCUUCCUGGACACGCUGCAUCGCCUCGGCAUCCUCUCCAGCUGCCAGGACGAGCGCAUCAUCGAUGUAAUCACACAGAUCGCCUCCUUCAUGGCCUACAGCAACAGCUGCCUCAACCCACUGGUGUAUGUGAUCGUGGGCAAGCGCUUCCGAAAGAAGUCUUGGGAGGUGUACCAGGGAGUGUGCCAGAAAGGGGGCUGCAGGUCAGAACCCAUUCAGAUGGAGAACUCCAUGGGCACACUGCGGACCUCCAUCUCCGUGGAACGCCAGAUUCACAAACUGCAGGACUGGGCAGGGAGCAGACAGUGAGCAAACGCCAGCAGGGCUGCUGUGAAUUUGUGUAAGGAUUGAGGGACAGUUGCUUUUCAGCAUGGGCCCAGGAAUGCCAAGGAGACAUCCAUGCACGACCUUGGGAAAUGAGUUGAUGUCUCCAGUAAAACACCGGAGAGUAAUUCCUGCCCUGCCCAAUUUUGCAGGGAGCAUGGCUGUGAGGAUGGGGUGAACUCAUGCACAGCCAAGGACUCCAAAAACACGACAGCAUUACUGUUCUUAUUUGCUGCCACACCUGAGCCAGCCUGCUCCUUUCCAGGAGUGGAGGAAGCCUGGGGGCAGGGAGAGGAGUGACUGAGCUUCCCUCCCGUGUGUUCUCCGUCCCUGCCCCAGCAAGACAACUUAGAUCUCCAGGAGAACCGCCAUCCCGCUUUGGUGCAAUGGCUGAGUGCACAAGUGAAUUGUUGCCCUGGGUUUCUUUAAUCUAUUCAGCUAGAACUUUGGAGGACAAUUUCUUGCAUUAAUGAAGGUUAAGCCCUGAGGGGUCCCUGAUAACAACCUGGAGACCAGGAUUUUAUGGCUCCCCUCAUUGAUGGACAAGGAGGUCUGUGCCAAAGAAGAAUCCAAUAAGCACAUAUUGAGCACUUGCUGUAUAUGCAGUAUUGAGCACUGUAGGCAAAAGGGAAGAAAGAAGGAGCCAUCUCCAUCUUGAAGGAACUCAAAGACUCAAGUGGGAACAACUGGGCACUGCCACCACCAGAAAGCUGUUCAACGAGACGGUUGAGCAGGGUGCUGUGGGUGAUAUGGACAGCAGAAGGGGGAGACCAAUUUUCCAGCUCAACCAAUAACUAUUGCACAACCACCUGUCCCUGCCUCAGUUCCCUCUUCUGUAACAUGAAGUCGUUGUGAGGAUUAAAGGCAGUAACAGGUAUAAAAGUACUUAGAAAAGCAAAGGGUGCUAUGUACAUGUGAGGCAUUAUUAUGCAGACAUAACUGGGAUAUGUUUACUAUAAGGAAAAGACACUGAGGUUUAGAAAUAGCUCCGUGGAGCAGAAUCAGUAUUGGGAGCCAGUGGCGGUGUGAAGCACCAGUGUCUGGCACACAGUAGGUGCUCAUUGGCUCCCUUCCACCUGUCAUUCCCACCACCCUGAGGCCCCCACCGCCACACACACAUGAGCAUUUGGAGAGAAGGCCAUGUCUUCAAAGUUUGAUUUGUGAUGAGGCAGAGGAAGAUAUUUCUAAUCAGUCUUGCCCAGAGGAUCACAGUGCUGAGACCCCUCACCACCAGCCGGUACCUGGGAAGGGGGAGAGUGCAGGCCUGCUCAGGGACUGUUCCUGUCUCAGCAACCAAGGGAUUGUUCCUGUCAAUCAAUGGUUUAUUGGAAGGUGGCCCAGUAUGAGCCCUAGAAGAGUGUGAAAAGGAAUGGCAAUGGUGUUCACCAUUGGCAGUGCCAGGGCAGCACUCAUUCACUUGAUAAAUGAAUAUUUAUUAGCUGGUUGGAGAGCUAGAACCUGGAGAACUAGAACCUGGAGGGCUAGAACCUGGAGAGGCCAGAACCUAGAAGGGCUAGAACCUGGAGGGGCUAGAACCUAGAGAAGCUAAAACCCGAGCUAGAAGCUGGAGGACUAGAACCUGGAGGGCUGGAAUCUGGAGAGCUAGAACCUGGAGGGCUAGAACCUGGCAGGCUAGAACCUAGAAGGGCUAGAACCUGGAGGGCUAGAACCUGGAAGGGCUAGAACCUGGAGGGCUGGAAUCUGGAGAGCUAGAACCUGGAGGGCUAGAACCUGGAGGGCUGGAAUCUGGAGAGCUAGAACCUGGAGGGCUAGAACCUGGAGGGCUAGAACCUGGAGAGCUAGAACCUAGAAGGGCUAGAACCUGGAGGGCUGGAAUCUGGAGAGCUAGAACCUGGAGGGCUAGAACCUGGAGGGCUGGAAUCUGGAGAGCUAGAACCUGGAGGGCUAGAAUCUGGAGAGCUAGAACCUGGAGGGCUAGAACCUGGCAGGCUAGAACCUAGAAGGGCUAGAACCUGGAGGGCUAGAACCUGGAAGGGCUAGAACCUGGAGGGCUGGAAUCUGGAGAGCUAGAACCUGGAGGGCUAGAACCUGGAGGGCUAGAACCUGGCAGGCUAGAACCUAGAAGGGCUAGAACCUGGAGAGCCAGAACCUGGAGGGCUAGAACCUGGAAGGGCUAGAACCUGUAGAGCUAGAACAUGGAGAGCUAGAACCCGGCAGGCUAGAACCUAGAAGGGCUAGAACCUGGAGAGCCAGAACCUGGAGGGCUAGAACCUGGAAGGGCUAGAACCUGUAGAGCUAGAACAUGGAGAGCUAGAACCCGGCAGGCUAGAACCUGGCGAGCUAGAACCUGGAGGGAAUGAACCUGGAGGGCUAGAACCUGGAGAAUGAGAAAAAUUUACAUGGCAAAGAGCCCAUAAAUCCUGACCAAUCCAACUCUGAAUUUUAAAGCAAAAGCGUCACAAAAAAGAUUCCCUCCUUACCCCCAACCCACUCUUUUUCCCACCACCCAGUCUCCUCUGCCUCAAUAAGUACCUGGAGAAAGAAAACAGGUGAAAGAAGAAGUAAAAACCAUUUAGUAUUAGUAUUAGAGUGAAGUCAAACUGUGCCACACAUGGUGAAUGAAAAAAAAAAAAAAGAGGCUGUGUUUUGUCACACAGGGCGAUCAUUCAUCAGCAGAGCACAUGAUGGUCUGAGACUCUCUUAGGAGCAGAGCUCUGCCGCAAUGGCCAUGUGGGGAUCCACACCUGGUCUGAGGGGCAACUGAGUCUGCGGGAGAAGAGCGGCCCUAUGCAUGGUGUAGAUGCCCUGAUAAAGAACAUCUGCCCUGUGAAAGACUCAAUGAGCUGUUAUGUUGUAAACAGGAAGCAUUUCACAUCCAAACAAGAAAAUCAUGUAAACAUGUGUCUUUUCUGUAGAGCAUAAUAAAUGGAUGAGGUUUUUGCACAGCUCUAGCAUUUGUUACAACUCCCGAAACCCCCGAGUUUGGUCCCUGGGGUACCGCCUUGCACACUCAGAAGCCUUUGGGAAGGUGUGCUAUUCAUUUCUGCUCAAUCUGUUAACACGCUUCUGGCAUGUAGAUCAGUGGUCUCCAAGCUUUUGUGAUUGUCUAUUCCUAUAGGAAAAAAAGAAUUGAUUAUGCAUACCCAGUAUGUAUACUUAUUAAUCUGCAUGAAGAUGUACAUU